AGUGAACCAAUGGGAAGGAAGAUGACGAUUUAGUGGGAUGAGUUUUGACCUACGAUGGCUGCCGUCAGCAGCAACCAUCAUUACAGGGAGUCCAAAACACCAUUCAGACGGAAAAUAAUGCCUUUUAAAUCAUACUGGUCUUUCGCGUUUCUUAUUCUUACUGCAAGUAAGUUUUGUUUUGCCGACGAUGAUCAUGAAAUGGAGGAGUUUUUGAAGCGGGAGUAUUCCCUUUCCAAGCCUUACCAAGGUGUGGGAUCCUUAGGCUCCUCCCACUGGGAGUUGAUGGGGGAUGCCAUGGUAACCACCGACCAGGUGCGCCUCACACCCGACAUGCAGAGCAGGCAGGGGGCAGUAUGGAGCCGCAUUCCUUGCCAUCUGAAGGACUGGGAGAUGCAGGUGCACUUUAAGAUUCACGGGCAAGGGAAGAAGAACCUGAACGGUGAUGGGUUGGCCAUUUGGUACACUAAGGAACGUAUGCAGAAAGGUCCUGUAUUUGGAAAUAUGGACAACUUCACUGGCUUGGGUGUGUUUGUGGACACGUAUCCCAAUGAGGAGAAACACCUAGAGGCGCAGAAGAAAAGAUAUACUCCUCGCGCACAGAGGAUCUUCCCGGUCGUCCUGGCCAUGGUUGGGAACGGCAGCAUCAGCUACGACCACGAGCGGGACGGUCGGCCCACAGAGCUGGGCGGCUGCAACGCCAUGGUGCGCAACCUCAAACAUGACACCUUCCUCUUCAUCCGAUACAUCCGCCGUAGGCUCACGGUGAUGAUCGACAUCGACGGGCAACAUGAGUGGAGGGACUGCCUGGACUUACCCGGGGUGCGACUUCCCCAAGGCUAUUACUUUGGAGCUACAGCCAUCACUGGAGACCUCUCAGAUAACCAUGAUAUCAUUUCCUUGAAACUCUACCAACUGACGGUGUUGCGGAGUAAAAAGGAAGAGGAAGAGGAGGAGGAGGAGAUAACCAUACCCAGUGUAGAUAACAUUGAACUACUCAGAUUGGGUCAGACUGAAGAAGGGAUGAGUGGAGUAGCUAUUUUCUUCACCGUGCUCUUCUCCAUGCUGGGUUGUAUCUUCCUCAUCGUCAUUGGCCUGGUGGUCUACAGCCACUGGAACGAGAGCCGUCGCAAGCGGUUCUACUGAGAAAGAAAAGAUGGGAGAUGGUGAUAACUACUGUGGUCCGUGGACCCAGCUGCACUGAGACGAAAGUGAGACGCUGCUGUCGGCCAGUAGAGCGCAGUAGGUUGUUUCAUCCUGAGGACAACACUAUUUUGACAGGAGAUGGAGUAGAUGUAUCACCUGCUACAAAAAGCCAUUCUCCAACUUUGCCAUUGGUAGUCAUGAAGCAGUGGGAGGACGUUAUUUCACACUUUGCCCUCAGCCCCUGUCUGACACACACCAGUUCGGCCUUACCAUCUCCACCUCUGUACUUGUUACACAGCAGACGUGCCGUAUGUCACAUGACUUCUUAUGAGCAGCUACAUUUUUAUGUUUUGUUACCGUUUGCUGCAUUUGACAAGAUUUUUUUCAAACAAAUUUUCAGAUCACUGAUGUUGAUUUUUUUUUUGGCUUUGAGAAAUAUAAAUAUAUAAGUGUCCAAUGUGUUCCUACCUGCAGUAUGACUUGAAGCGCUGACUAAAUAGCAUUGAAAACCUAUUAUGUCAUCUUUACUGUAGCUCCUUGCUAACUAAAGAUGCUUCUCUACACUUCUUUGCAUUAGAAAAUGUGUCUCAGUGCUUUGUACUCAAUCAUUUUAACUCCAUGUAUGUACUAUAUAGUAUACUGUAUAUUCUCAUCCUGUAGUUGUAGUAUGCAUGACAUUCGUUAUUUUUUUUAUGAAUUGUCUACCGAAUCGUAGAACUUUUUAUGUGUUUAUGUAAAGCAUAUGGAAAACUGACCUCUGUCUCGUUGGCGCAUGUGGUAAAGAUCUGGGUGUUUCAGGGAAAUAUUUAAUUAAAACUUUUAACAAUCUCUCAAAAUGUUUAUUUAUUUAUCACUGUUCCCUUCCCCAGAUUUUAUGCAUGUAUUUUAGGAACAAAAGACUCCUGCACACUUAAAUAGGUUGGUUGACCCACGCAGACCUAUUUAAGAUGGUCUCUCCUUUUGUCUGGUAAAAUAACCUGAUGAAGGUCUGUGUACCGAAACGUUGUUAUUAAAUAUCUCCGACUACAAGUGAAGAGGACAGUGUGCGGGAAUCUUUUGUUCCGCAUUGUCGACCCAUGGUCUUCUCCUACGCACCUGUCGAUUCACAGAUGUGCAUAAAGUUCUGCUUAUUUAUGCAUGUAUUUGAGAAAAUGGAUCAAAGGUUUUUGAUCAGUUUAGAGCAAAUUUUUCUAAAUAUAUUUAAAACAGAUAUUUAAAUGUCAGACAUUGACUUUGCACUGAAGGAAGUGACUAAAGAGAAUUUUAAUGACUAAUUUAUUGUAACUAUUUUCCCUUUAGCUGACGCUUUUUCUUUGCACACUGAGUACUAAAAUGACCUUUUGUUUGUAUUUCUUUUGUGUUCUAUGUAAAAACACCACCUCUGUGUUUCUGUUGACUGUGUCAUGCAGUAUGUGUUUUUGCAGUUAACCAAACAAACAGGCUGUUUUGGCCUCAGGCUGCUGCCUCCUUUGGAUCUUGGUGUUGGUCAGCUGUUGUUGACUCGGCCCCACCUUCUUCUAUAUGUUUUGGAAAUGGCCUCAUGUCAACAUCGUAUAUCUUUUAUGUGGUUCUUUGUUUUCAAUUGUGCAAUGUGUGAGGACUUUCUCAUUUCCUGUAGCCACUUUGACAACCUCCCUACCUUAUUCAUGUUCUAUUGUUUGUUGCCUUUUGUUUGUUGUUUUGUAUAAAAACCGUGUGCCUCAUGUAUCCAUUCAGUGACCCACAAUUUACAUUUUGUAACCAUUCUUGUUUCUUUGUCCUGAACGAUUUGCAUUACGUCAUUAAAGACUAAACAAGACCUACACUGA